UUGUAGUUGUAUAUAAACAAACAGUGUAGCAAAACAUACACAACGAAUUCUUUGUUUAAUGUGUUGAUGGUUUAUCGAUGAUGCAUAUUCGUUAUCGGUAACUUGGAAGUUACAACAAGUUGUGAAAAUGUUUAAUAACAUAGUUUCAGUAGAAGUAGAAAUUCCGAGGAGUUGAUAUGGCAAAAAUAGAGACUUUUGUUUUUUUCGAUAUUGAAACAACUGGUUUGUGGUAUUGUGACCCACCAAAACUAACUGAACUGGCAUUCGUUGGUGUUUCAAGAGAACAUUUUCUUGCUGCUUCUAAAAAUGAAAUACCUCGACCAAUAUUCAAACUCCUUUUACCGAUAAAUCCACGCAAAUUGAUUCACCCCGAAUCAACUCGAAUAACAGGUUUGGAUAACUUUAUGUUGGAGCACAUUAAGGCAUUUGACGGAAAUACGGUUGAUCUAUUAAAUAGUUUUUUAAAUCAAUUGAAUAAGCCUAUAUGUAUGGUUGCUCACAAUGGAAACGGUUUCGACUUUCCUCUUCUAAGAAGGCAGCUCCAAAAAUUAAAUCGAUCAUUUGAUGACGAUAUUUUAUGUGUUGAUUCGCUGGCCAUUUUCCGGGAGAUCGAUAAAUGCACGAUUGUAAAACAAACGGCUUUGGAUGAACUCAUGAAUACCGAUUUGCAAGCAGUUCAGAAUAGAAACGAAAAAACACCAUCAAAAGUGAAAUCAUUUGUUGUAAUUCCAAAGACUCCUUAUAAAAAACCAAACGCAGCAAGAGAACUGUUUGCAUCAGAAGGUAACAGUCCGAGUACAUCGUCUGAUGCAAAUAUAACGAAUAAAACUUCCAAAUGCAGUUCAUCUACUCGAAUUUCCUAUAAACUAACCGAAAUAUAUGAAAGACUGCAUGAACGAAGGCCAAACAUAGCACACAAUGCCGAAGCAGAUACAAUUCAUCUACUGCAAUGUGCAAUCGCUUUGAAAGAUGAAUUUGUAUUAAUCGCCGAUGAAUUGGCUACUAAGUUUGCCGAUUCAAAAUUCAGGAUAUAAUUUGUUCAAACGAAUUUGUUUGCAUUUUAAACAUAUUUUGCAUGUUUUUUUUAUUUGUCCCAUUAAAAACUAUUUUUAGAUAACAUUAAUAUGAAA